AUGGUAAGAAAAGUGAAACAGAAAGUAAAACAAGAUGGUAUUCUGUUUAUUCCUGAUUCCAAUAAAGGUCAUCCACUAUUGAAGAAUACAGAAGAAAGAGUCCAAGAAUUUUCAGAAGUCAAGAUAUCAGUAGAGAAUUACCUGGCAAAAAAGAUUAUAAAUCUGUGUGAGAAUGGUCAACGUGUACAGAAACAAAAACGUUUAAUUUUAGGUAACCUUACCGAAAUUUAUGAACGGUUUCGAGAAAAGUACCUAUUUGAAAAGAUAGGUUUCUCAAAAUUUGCUAGUUUAAGACCGGCUGAAUGUGUUCUUGCUGGUGCAUCAGGCACUCACGUUGUUUGUGUUUGUCUUAUUCAUGAAAAUUUUAAACUUUUAUUUCACGGUGCGAAACUUGAUAAAUUAAAACUUCGAGAUGAUAGUCAACCAUUAUCGUCGUAUCAAGACUGUAUGAAAAUGGUUAUAUGCCAAGAACCUACAGAAAACUGUUAUUUCGGUACCUGUACUCAUUGUCCAGGCUCAAUAAAAUUAAGAAGUAUUUUGGAAAAUCUUUUCACGGAUAAUUUUUUGGAUAAAAUCAAAUGUAAUCAGUGGACUCAAGUUGAUAGAUGUUCUUUGGAGACGAUCAUUAAAUCAACUGACGAUUAUGUUGAUUUUUUUAAAGAAUCAAUUCCAAUAGUACUGCAACAUGAUUUUAUUGCUAAACAACAAGCUGAAUAUUUCCAAACCGUAAAAAGUAAUCUUGAAGUUAGACAAGUUCUUGUGGUUGCUGAUUUUUCUGAAAACUAUUCGUUCUUGCUACAAAAUAGUGUUCAAGGAGUAUAUUGGAAUAAUACACAAGCAACAAUUCAUCCAUUUGCUUGCUAUUAUAAAUCUAUUGAUGGGAAUAAAAGCAAAGUAAUACCUCUUAGUUUGAUAAUAGUUUCGGAUAACUUAACGCAUAACACUAAAAAUUAA